AUGGAAAGGUUUUGGUCGGUGUUGAUUGGGUUGGGAACUGGGAAGUAUAGCCUAAAUCUUGGAGAUCUUCCCCGCGAUUUUCGGAGCCGCGGGGUGGAAGGAAGAAAAAAAAUGUCUAGUUUUGUUGGAGUUCUUGUUUCGGAUCAAUGGCUUCAGAGCCAGUUCACACAGGUUGAACUUCGCAGCCUCAAAUCCAAAUUCACAAUGAUCAUGAAUCAGAGUGGUAAAGUUGCUGUUGGAGAUUUGCCUCCUUUCAUGGCCAAAUUGAAGGCCUUCAGUGGCAAUGUUACUGACGAGGAGAUUCAAAAGAUGCUCGAAGAAACAUAUCCUGAUUUGAGUGGCGAAAUCGAUUUUGAGGGCUUCCUCAGGGCAUACUUGAAUUUGCAAAGUCAAGCCAAUGCUAAAAAGGGUAGUACAAAAAAUUCCUCCUCUUUUCUCAAGGCAACUACCACCACUCUGCUUCAUACCAUCAAUGAUUCAGAGAAAUCAUCCUAUGUUGCUCAUAUCAACAGCUACCUCAGGGAUGAUCCAUUCUUGAAGCAAUUUCUUCCAAUAGACCCAGCUUCUAAUCAAUUAUUUGAACUUGCAAGGGAUGGAGUACUUCUAUGCAAGCUGAUCAAUGUUGCAGUUCCUGGUACUAUAGAUGAACGUGCUAUCAAUGUGAAACGGGUGCUCAAUCCAUGGGAAAGAAACGAAAACCACACGCUUUGCCUGAACUCUGCAAAGGCUAUUGGCUGCACAGUAGUUAAUAUUGGUACCCAAGAUCUGAUUGAAGGAAGACCACAUCUAGUGCUUGGACUGAUAUCUCAAAUUAUAAAGAUUCAGCUGUUGGCCGAUCUUAAUCUCAGGAAGACACCUCAGCUUGUAGAACUUGUAGAGGACAACAGUGUAUGGUUUUGCUCAAUUUCUUAUAUCGCCAUGUUUUUUGGUAAAGCAUGUACUCAAUAUAAGAUGACUUGUGUGCAGGACGUUGAAGAGCUUAUGGGAUUGGCACCAGAAAAAGUCCUAUUAAAAUGGAUGAAUUUCCAUCUUAAAAAAGCUGGCUACAAGAAAACUGUUUCAAAUUUUUCUUCAGAUUUGAAGGAUGGUGAGGCGUAUGCGUACUUACUUAAUGUACUGGCACCAGAGCACUGCAGUACCGCGACAUUAGAUGCCAAGGAUCCUGUUCAGAGAGCAAAUUUGGUUCUUGACCAUGCAGAGCGAAUGGAUUGCAAAAGAUACUUGACUCCAAAGGAUAUUGUUGAAGGAUCUGCCAACCUGAAUCUUGCAUUUGUUGCACAGAUAUUUCAUCAGAGGAGUGGCUUAUCAACCGAUAGCAAGAAGAUCUCCUUUGCUGAGAUGAUGACAGAUGAUGAACAAAUGUCUAGAGAGGAGAGAUGUUUCAGAUUGUGGAUCAACAGCCUGGGAAUUUCAUCUUACGUCAAUAACCUUUUUGAGGAUGUUAGAGAUGGUUGGAUACUUUUGGAGGUGCUGGACAAGAUUCACCCAGGAUCCGUUAGUUGGAAACAUGCUACAAAACCUCCUAUUAAGAUGCCAUUCAGAAAAGUGGAGAAUUGUAACCAGGUCGUUAAAAUUGGGAGACAGUUGAAGCUUUCUUUGGUAAAUGUAGGAGGAAAUGAUUUCGUUCAAGGAAAUAAGAAGCUAUUACUUGCUUUUCUGUGGCAACUGAUGAGAUUUAAUAUUCUUCAACUCCUGAAAAACCUGAGAUCGCGCUUCCAAGGCAAGGAGAUCUCAGAUUCGGUUAUACUCAGCUGGGCAAACAAAAAAGUGAAGAGCACGGGUCGAGCAUCUCAAAUGGAGAGUUUUAAGGAUAAGAGCCUUUCUAAUGGAUUGUUCUUCCUAGAGCUUCUUAGUGCAGUGGAGCCACGGGUUGUCAACUGGAACCUCGUAACUAAGGGUGAAAGUGAUGAGGAGAAGAAGCUGAAUGCUACUUAUAUCAUCAGUGUGGCACGAAAGCUUGGUUGCUCUAUUUUCUUGUUGCCAGAAGACAUCAUGGAGGUCAAUCAAAAGAUGAUUCUUACGCUGACUGCCAGCAUCAUGUAUUGGAGCCUUCAGCAAAGUGCCGAAGAAUCAGAUUCAUCUGCAUCUACUACCCUUAGAACUCCACCUGCCUCUCCAGGAUCUUCAAUUAACAGCUCUCCAGCGCCAAUCAUGGUGGACACUCCUGAUGCAUCCUCUACUCUUUCAUUCAGUGAUUCCUCAUCUCCUAUUGCAUCUCCAUUUGAAGAAUCCCCUGCUCCAUCAGUUAAUGGGGAGGACGAAAGCUCACUUGGAGGUGAGGUAUCCAAUUUGAUCCUCGACGAUGUAGCACCAAAAGCUACAGUUUCGUUGUUUGAAGCAGAGAAUGGAGAUGAGCAAAAAUCAGUGGAGAAUGUUGAUGACUCAAAAGCAGCAGAGAAUGGGGAUGGACUAAAAGCAGUGGAGAAUAGUGAUGACUCAAAAGCAGCAGAGAAUGGGGAUGAAACGAAAGCAGCGGAGAAUGGGGAUGAACCGAAAACAGCAGAGAACGGGGAGAAACCAAAAGCUGUGGAGAAUGGGGAUGGACCAAAAUUAGAUGAGCAAUAG